AGGUAUUUCGACUUUCCAUGGUUUAUCGAUGCUGCACCGAAUUCGUUUAGAAAGGUACCGAAAUAGCGCACCCCAUAGCAAGGUAACCCCAUUUUUUCACCCGUCGUAUAAUUGCCAGAGAGAUUCACUUGGCUACUGGCUCGAAGCAAGUCGGUGCUGUAGUCUUUGCAGGCUACUGGCGCACCGCAAAGCACACGAGGAGCCAGUAGCACACGCAGUUCGUGUGUCGUUUUUUGCUGAAGAAGCGGCUUGGUUCAGUGCGCGGUUCACUUACGGUUCACCGCACGACGAAAAGUGGCUCCGUCUCCGCUGUAAACUUACGAGCGCGACGGGACGAGCAGCACAUUCUGAUUUGCACCGUGGAAUAAUCAAAUCCGACGGGGAGGUCUCUGGUACCUAGUCCUUCAAGGUUGUACCGCCGCUCUCUCUUUUGCCAAGCGAACCCAGGUAUCUAUCAGCAGUCAGGCGCAGUCGAGCGGUAAACUCUAUCAUCAGGAGGUACUCGCCGCAUCACAACGGACGAGCAACGAAGAGCAAGUGGCUGGCAAAGACCCCGAGGUGGACUACUUCUACUUCCCUUCACAACAGCCGCACCACGAGCAUCGUGUUGAAAAAGACCACGAACCUCAACGAGCAAAAGCGUUGUAGCCCAACACUUCUCUUCGCAAGAAAAACCCCCGUUAUUUUCAAAUAAAACAAUAACCGAAAAACAAAGACGAAAUGGUGACCGUCGCGGAGCCGCUUUCGGACUUCAAGGACCUCGGUCCGGUGGUCUACCAGGAGUCGAAAAUCUUGGACAACGAAAUACACCUCCUCUGCGUGCUAUGGAGGUGUCAGAAUCGAAAUUGACAAAAGCCAAAAAUUUGUGAUGCGCAACAUCGUUGUCAGUUGGAGCCUCAGUUUCCAAGUGGCGCAUGACAAAUUUCGGGAGCACCCAAAUCCAGUCCGUCAUGCUGUUUGGGCAAAGAAGACUGCUCCUGUCAUGCUACUGUGGCAGCGCAUUGCGUACCCCUAAACAGGCUUGCAAUCGGUCUCAUUUGCCUGCUCCCCAAGACAGGCCUCCAGUGCCCUACAUUUUAUGCAUCACAAACUAUUUCCACUUUGACGAUUUCGAUCCUGACACAUCCAUACGUGCACGACAGCAGGGAAAAGAAGUUUGUCAACUUCGAAGCGUACUCCUUCGAGACCGGGAAAGUGAGCAGAAUACAAUGGGACUACGUCAACUUCGACUCACACUUUCGGUAGCAUUUUGAUGUGACUGUUGUUUUUCUUUUUGCGGGUACGAAUUGGAGUUCUUCUUGAAGUAGAGCGAUUCUUCUUUUGCUAUUAUGAACGUGAUCAGUUUAUUUACUGCAUGUUUUUACACAAGUACAAACCUCAACAAAGGUUCAACGCCGAGCUGAUGAACCCGAACAACCGAGAAGGCCGCUACCACUGGAUCUGCGAGCGACUAAACUUCGUGUCCGAUGGCAAAGGCGGAAGAAAACUGGAGCUGUGCGAGCCGACCGACGACUUGCCGCAGGUGGCGGACAAGGCGAGAAAUUUCAAAAUUCCAACGGGCAGGAUGAAUUACGCAGACAGGCAGCGGCUACGGCUGGAAAUGGAGAGAUUGCCGGUAUAGUACAAGGAUCGAUUCUGUCAUCUUCAUGCAUAAGGGUCGUUGCUCGUUCUGCAUAAAGCGAUCUAUUUUAUUCUCGACUGAAGUGGUGUCCCAUUACAGGUUGUUUAGAACAAACCGUGUUUAAGUAUGCACUACCCAUCAACAAAUUAACAGAAACGACGGAAUGAGAACAUCUUGCGCAUGGCAGCCGAGUUUAAGGAAGCCUUCUGUGCCGAAAUCGCGGAGAUGCAGGAGAUGGACAGAAGAAAGGCAGAAUUGCGCGCACAAAGAAUAGAGGAAGAACGAAGGGUGCGAUACGCCGAAAUUUGCGAGGUAUAACUUUUUUUUUUCUUAAUUUGGGGAUAAUCAUAAUGUCGUGUGUCAUGCAAUAAAAAUUGCAGUUUCACAGCCGAUGGAUUAUUGCGAAACAAGAAAUACGAAAAUAAUCAGCAGGACGAUGUUGUCUAGCAACACAAAAUGAUGAUAUCCAUCUAGGUCCGAAGGCAGGAGAACGUGCUGAAGCAGGACUAUGGAGACAAGGAUCGAAAACGUGAAAGAAUCAUCAAGGAUAAAGACGACACCAGGAAUGCUGCAUCGGUACUAUUCAUUUGGAUUUUCCGUCUUUAUUCACAUAAUUUGCCAUGCGGAAUAUGAAACACAGUAGAUGUUGCCCACAGUUGUCAUGCAGGGCUUGCAUGGCUUUGUCUCAAAACGAAAAAACUGGAAGAUGAAAGAACUCAACCUCCCCCCUCAUCAGCUCGCGGAAAUUCGUGUAGUCCUGAAAGCGCACGAUGAGCAGAGGCAAGAGACUGCGCGGAAAAUUGCGGCGCAGCGACAAGCAAAGAAGGACGAGAGGGCGGAGCAAGCCAGGCUUGCCGAGGAGCGCUUCGCGGCGGACCAGGCAGCGGAAGAUAGAAGAGGCGAAAACUGGGAGAAGAGGGAGGAAAGGCUAGAGCACAAGGCGGUAUUGCAUUGUUGUGGUUCGAUGAAAGCGGCGUCUUCAUCACAUGGAUGAUGUGGAUAAUUUUCUUUACACAGGGCUGCUUGCUUUCUUUGGUUGUGCACGGCAAAUUGGAAUUUGUUGUAAAAUCCAAAAAUUUUCAGAUUCGGCUCCAAGCUGAGCGUGCGUCCUACCUAGACGGAAUUUCCCGAACCGAGCAGGCACGGUCGGAGAGAAAAAAGGAGUUAGCGCACGACCAGCAGGUUAUCCGGCAAAACCUCUGGGCAAAAGCCUCAGCGAAGGACGAGAAGAGAAAAGCGUACUUUUUUCAUUUUGCUGCUUCUGCAUCGAAUCAUAGUGUAAUAGAAAAAGAGUUUUUUUUUUCUGGGUUUCAACCACCCACAAUCUAUCAUCACCACAGGGACAACAAGGCUGCAUUAGAAGCUCUUGCCACGCAGAAAGAAAAUGCGAAAAACGCCGCCUCGCUCAGCAUGGGGAAGAAGAAAAAGGUAUAUUUUUAGUGUACUUAAUUUUCAAUCCUGUCUACUUCUUAGUUUCUCACGUCCGCUGGCAUGGCAGACUUGGUUUACGCUGUUUUUUCUACAUGCCGAAUUGAUCGAUUUUCCCUAAUAUUCGGCAGGAACGCAAGUCCGACGCACGGAUGGACGCAGUCGAGGCUAUCAAAUGCAAAUAUGUCUGGGUCUGGAACAUUGCCAGGUUUGUCAUGCAUAUUUUGUAUGAUCCAUGACGCCUGGGCCUGUAAUGCAUGAUCUAGCAUAACAGAUUUUUAGAGGGAUUCUUAAUGCCUAUUCCGCAUGAGAAAUGCCCUCUCCACGUAACACAAACUGGAUUCCCGUUGCUGGUCAUGCAAUACAGAUUUUUUUGGACUUCAAAGACAGCAUUACAAGUUGCAACCUUCCAGACCCAGACGCUUUUGCAAUGCAUAGAGGCGGAGAUGCGGCAACAGCUGGAGGCAGAAGGCAAGCAGAACGAGAACGCGCAGAAGCGCGACGCCAAGUUCAAGAGGAUCGAGGAGAAAAAGAACGACCGCGAGGUGCAGAAGGUGAUCAAGUGGAAGGAACGCAAGAUAGACGAGGCUUACAACAAGCAGAGAGAGUAUAAUUCUUGUUGCCCAUGAUCAUCUUCUCAUGCAGAACAGAGCCUGACAUUCAGAAAAUCCUUCUUGUCAACAUGCGAGCUGCGCAAGUACAAAGUAUAUGGAAAAAAUUUUCUUCAGACGCGACGAGACCGCCGCUGCGGUGGCCGAGGCUUACAAGGAGCAAAAGGCCGAAGAAGACCGUGAACGCGACAUCCUGGCGCGUAAGCAGCGGAUGCGCGACAUGGCGACGGAACGCAAGCUUGGGGAUAUCAAAUGCAAAAAUGUCUGGGUCUGGAAGAUUCUGAGACUUGUUAUGCAAGUUUUGCAUGAGCCAUGAUGUCUGUGAUGCAUGCCCUAGCAUCAGAGAUUUUUUUAGGGCUUCCGGAUGCCUAUUUCGCAUGACAAAUGCCUUCUUCCCGUAGCAAAAAGACACUCCCUUUGCUGCUCAUGCAGUACAGAUGUUUUUGGAAUCCAAAUGCAGCAUCACAAGUUGCACCCUUCCAGACCCAGACACUUUUGCAAUCCAUAGGGGAGCGCAUGAGGCGACUAGUACCCGGGUUCAAGGACUCGGGCUCGGCCUUCAAGCCGUUGUGA